AUGAGACCUUGAUGUACCAUCUCAUGUACUAUAGGUUAAUUAGAUACUACGGAUUGAAUUUGCCAGACUUACUGCAGUGACGAAAGUCAGCGAGGAAACAAAACCAACGCGGAAAGAAACAUUUUACUCACCCCCUGGCAAAAGGCUAUAGUGCAGGGGCCCCAGCUAAAGUGAAUCGUCCACUCAUCACGCUUCUUUUCCUUCUUUGGAUUUCAUCUGCCACCAUAUCGUUCGAGGCGGGACAUGAACGACAAGUCUAACCAUCUCCCACCCUUUAACCUCUUCCAAUCUCGCCUGGUCUCUUCAUAAAACCCGAUAGCGGCAACCAGUCUCACUUUCUCCUUCCCCUCCCCUCCCGUUCUUCCCAUCAUCCAAAGCCAAACGCUUCCCCCCAACGUUUCCACGUGCAACUCCCAACGACCGAAUCCGAGGCUCCCCUCAAAGGUGACAUUCAACAUCCCUUUUUGCUGCCUUUCCUAUCAAAGCGUCCUUUCGCACAGGCCCAUCACGACAAUCGGCAACACCACGAUCUCCCCCGCCACCAUACGCUUCAACAGCAACCCAAGCCCAGCCAAAUAAACAACCCCCUGAGAGUCGAAUUGAAAUGAUCGAAAGUCCAACAGCAGCGGCCGACGCCCGCGCCGAGCGCCGCACCAAGUACCACGAGGCCGAUGUAGUUGUCGUCGGCGCCGGCGUCUUUGGUUGCGCCAUUGCGUACGCAUUGGGCCAGCAGGGAAGAAGUGUACUCCUACUCGAGAGAUGGAUGAAGGAGCCCGAUCGCAUUGUCGGCGAGCUGCUGCAGCCCGGCGGCAUCGUCGCCCUACGUCAGCUGGGCCUGGCCGACUGCCUCGAGGGCAUCGACGCAAUUCCCUGCUACGGCUACAAAGUCAGCUUUCACGGAGACGGAAUCGACAUCCCCUACCCUUCCUUUGACGAGAGCGGCCGCAUGAUCCAUGCCUCGGAGAGCGAGGCAGUAUCCGCAAGCGCGAAGCAGAAGGAGGGCAGAUGCUUCCACCACGGUCGCUUCAUCAACAACCUGCGCAAGGCAUGCAUGAGACAGGAGAACAUCACCGUUGUCGAGACCGAGGUGACAGCCACGAUACAAGGCGACGAUAAGGAUACGGUGCUUGGCGUAAGGUCCAAGACGACAGACGCCACGGGCCAGAAGAAGGACGACUACUUUUUUGGCCAGCUGACCAUCAUCGCCGACGGUUACGCCUCCAAGUUCCGCAAGGAGUACUUGCCGCAAGAACCCGUCGUCAAGUCCAAGUUCUACGCCCUCGAGCUCAUCGACGCCCCCAUGCUCUCUCCCGGCUACGGCCACGUCUGCAUCGGCAACGCCUUCCCCGUCCUCCUGUACCAGAUCGGCACCCACGAGACCCGCGCGCUCAUCGACGUGCCCGCCAACAUUCCCGAGGCCUCGCCCGCUGCUGGCGGUGUCCGUGGCUACAUUAAGAACGUAGUCAUGCCCACCUUGCCUCCCCAGAUGCGCCCAUGCUUCGAGGCUGCUCUCGCCGACGGCAAGAUUCCCCGAUCCAUGCCCAACUCCUAUCUUCCCCCGUCCCGCCAGACGGCGAACGGCAUGCUCCUCCUGGGCGACGCUCUCAACAUGCGUCACCCCCUCACUGGCGGUGGCAUGACCGUCGCCUUCAACGACUGUGUGAUUCUCUCCGACCUGCUCCACCCCUCGCGCGUCAGCGACCUCGCCGAUCCCGUGGCCUUGAAGGGAGUCCUGCGGGAGUUCCACUGGCGCCGUAAGAGCCUCACGUCCAUCAUCAACGUGCUGGCCAUGGCACUGUACGCACUGUUCGCCGCAAACGACCGCCAGCUGCGCGCCCUGCAGAUGGGAUGCUUCUCCUACUUUCAGCGCGGCCACGCCUCCGAGCCCAUGGCCCUCAUGGGCGGCCUCAUGCACCAGCCGGGCAAGCUUGCGUACCACUUCUUCAGCGUCGCCUUCCUCGCCAUCUGGCUCAACGCUCUCAACCUCAUGAGCGGUAGCGUUUUCGGUUUCUUGAAGGCGCCGCUGGCGCUCAUUGACGGCAUCCUCAUUCUCUGGAGAGCGAGUGUCGUGUUCUUGCCCGUCAUGUGGCGUGAGCUGAACUGAAGAAACGACUAGACAUACGAGAUCAUCAUCAGAGUUAUUAGACAUGAGCAAAGAGAACGUUGGCGGAAUGAGUGAUGAGCCAACGAAAAGAAAAAAACAAAAAGGGGGUAAAUUUCUCCCCACCCGCCCCGAGGUCUUCUGUCAGGAGUAUCUCCCCCGGGGCUGUACAUAUACUCAGUUUACGAUAAACCAUAUUUGGGAUGGAAGCGGAUCAUUGGAUCACCCCGAGUGUAGAUACAGGUGUAUCAGACCAUAUCAUAAUUUUAAUCAAGUUCAAAUACGUUCCGCCUUUUGUUGCCCUCUUCCGUUGUGUACAGCAAGCAUUCGCAUUGUUGACAAAAAUCCUUUGGUCAGUCUGUAGUAUAAAUCUGACUACGGUGAUCGAUACCAUUAUUGCUCUUCAAUGGUCGCCAGUCGGGCUGCUCCGUUUGCCAUCCAUUGCAGGAGGAAUGUGUAUGAGGAAUAGUUGCGAGGCAUAAGCUACUGGUAUGUAUGAAUGUCCUUUUGUUCAGCUAGGCUUUUGUUCGUCCUUCGUCGUUUGUCGUCGUUUGCUGUAUAGACAUUUGUUUUCGAAUACGACGUGAGAAAUGUAGGAAUUAUUAGGUGCUAGCCAGUACGUAUGUGUUCGUUGCGGAAUGGGACACCGUUGCCAAUGUGGCGGGCGACAUUUCGAUCUU